AUGGAUGGAUUGGGAAUUGGUGGUGAUGGUAACUCUGGUAUUAGAGCCGGUGAAAUUGGUGAGAAAACAGAUGCUAAUAGUGAUUCCGAUGUUGGUGCUAAUGUAACAUCCUCGACAAUGGACAAUGCAUUGAUGCAGAAGCCGGAUCAGGCUAUUACAGUGUUAACGGUAUUUCUGCAAGGGGUUCUCUCUGUAUUCAAGAGCGGCAUGUUUGUUCUGAAGAGCGGACGCUUCAUAGAGCUUAUAAGAAAUUUGGAUAUGUUGGCAGAGAAAGAGCAUAGCGCAUGGAGACUUGAGAACGAUUGGCAGCAACGCAUCGUAAGUGUAUAUUACUUUUGCUGUACGUCUACUGGCAUCCUCUACUGUACAGUUCCAGCAUUGGUAUUACUCUAUACACGUUACUUUAGAGAGCAGACAGUAUUUAUAUUGCCGUUUGAAGCUAGCUUUCCAUACGAUACUAAUCAACCUCUCUUUUAUAUCCUCUCCUAUAUCUGGUGUAUAUCCUUCAUUAUAUAUGCUAUACACGCCAUUGUCGCGAUGGACUCCUUAUUUUGUUGGUUCAUCUUUAAUAUUUCCGCACAUUUUCGCAUACUACAGCAGAAACUGACAGAUGUUUCUGUCAGUCCAAACGCCUCCACAGAUCAUGCGAUCUUUCAACAAGAUAUAACGCAGACUUUAUUCUACCACCAGCGUAUUAUCGAGCUUUCGGCGGAAUUCGAUGAGCUUUAUGCGCCCAUUGUUUUCGUAGAAAUCUCAGUCAGUUAUCUCAAGCUUUGUUUCAGCGCUUAUAAUCUCAUUAAUCUUGAUGAUAUAUCCAGUUUGCCAGUGAUUGCUGUAGGGCUCGUCACAAUCACUUUUCAAUUGUGUAUUUAUUGCUUUAGUGGUGAAAAAAUUAAAAAUGCUAGUGAGCAGUUUGCGAACCACAUCUAUUUGUCGUUUCCUUGGGAACGCGUGCCUCCAUCCUUGCGACGUUUACUAUUCGUACCGAUAAUGCGUGCUCAACGUCCAAUGCAUCUAACGGGUUUUCUUUUUAUCGUCGAUCAUAGUUUGUUGGUGUGGAUAUUUAAAACGACCGGUUCCAUUAUUGGUUUCCUUUCCGCGACGAAAAAAGAAAAUACAAAUAUCUAGAUCCAAAGUAGUAAGAA